ACCAUUUGUAGGACCAUGAUGGCGGAAAGACAUGUGGGUCUGACUCCCGCGCUGAGAUGUUCGGAUUGACUCCAGAAUAUUUCCCGAAGACACCACUUUCGGAGGAAAUCAUCCUGGCGUCUUGAAUGUGUUGAAACUUUCUAAGAAGUAGUCUGGAUAAGCUUAUGCGUGGGUUAGACUGCUGUGAAUAUCAUAAGGAAGAAGCUUGGACAUUUUAUAUGGUACCAGUUGUGUACACGUGUAUGAGUACUGUCAUCUGUUACUGUAUCUGGUACCAACAUGAGUAAACGGAGAAAGGAAGGCACCUCCGGGCCCCAUGUCAAGCUUGCAAAGUGUGACCAAACCCAGCUCCAACUUCCAGCGGCAUUGCAAGAUGAAGAAACCACAGAGAAGCUCCGAGAGGGUUGGUCCCAAAGUCUGGAUGUUGAGACUAGUUGUGUGACACUACAGGGAAAGCCUUUUCGUCACUGCAUCAUCAAGAACUACCUUACAGAAGAGUUCGUCGCCAAAUUGGAGACUGAUCUUUCUCAACUAUCUUUCAACACAAAAUCAAAUGAUCUUUACAGUUUCAAGCAGACCAAUGACCUGAAGACAGCAGACAGUCCUUCAAUAUGUGCUUUUGCAUCAUUGUUGAAAGAAAAGAUGAGAAACUGGCUCAUGGAGGUCACAGGAAUUCCUCUGAAUGAUAAAGUGGCCAUCACAAGUUCUAUCUAUGAGCACACAGACACACUGCUCUGCCAUGAUGAUGAGCUGGAGGAGCGACGCAUCGCCUUCAUUCUGUACAUCACUCCUCCAUCAUGGACCAUGGCAGACGGAGGGACGCUUGACCUGUUCUCCUCAUCUGAAGGCCGGCUCCAGCCAGAAAAGGUGGUUAAGUCUCUCCUACCGACAAGGAGCAGCUUGGUCUUCUUUGAAGUGACAGCGUCUUCCUUCCACCAGGUAGCAGAGGUCCUAGCUUCAGAUAAGCGCCGUCUGUCCAUGGGAGGAUGGUUCCAUGGGCCUCCCCUAGCCCGACCUGCACCGAGUCCUGAGCCCAAAGUUCCACUGAAGCCCUGGACAGAUGGGUACUUUGACAUGGUUGAAGACUGGGUCAACCCAAUGUAUUUUGAUGAGGAAGUCCUGGCUCAGAUACAGCAAGAUUUUGAAGACGACUCAGAAAUCCUGUUGGAAGAUUUCCUGAAGGAAGACAAGGUGCAGAUGGUAACUACUGCACUACAAGCCAAAGAUCUGCAGUGGAAUCCAACAGGCCCUUUCAACAAAAGGCACUAUGAGCAAAUAGACAGUACCAGCUUAUCUGAGCUUGUACAGCAGGUUACCAAGAUGUUUCAGUCAGAGGCAAUGUUCCUCCUACUUGGCAGGCUGACAGGGCUCACUCUCCAAUCGGAAGAAGAGGGUGAAGAAGAUAGCCAUGGCACUCCAAAAUGUUGGGGGGAGGUUCGCAGGUGGAGACAUGGGCACUACACCUUGAUGCAUGAUGAAGAUCCUCACAACAACGAUUUUUGCCUGGACUCCAUGUUUUACCUCAAUGCCCAAGACUGGAAGAGUGACUAUGGUGGUUAUGUGUCUUACAUAGCUAAAGGAGAGGAUGAAGAACUCCUAACCGUGGUGCCAAAGAAUAAUGCCCUGGCACUAGUGUAUAGAGAUUCUGACACUCUCAGGUUUGUCAAGUAUAUCAACACAACAGCAAUGGACAGACAAAUGAGUGGUAACCAAGAUAGCAGUUUCUUUGAAGUUUAUAAUGCUUACUAUGAGUAAUUUGGUCAGUUGUCUGUAAGGCAUAUAAGGUAUACUAGUAUUAGGAGAUAUAGAUCUGGAAAAGCAUCUUUGUGUUUUAACUCUAUCAAAGAAAAUCAUGGAUGGCCUAGUUUGUUUUUAUUAACUUCAAGUCUAGUUAAUACCAGAAAAAUGUGUAAAUCACACCAUUUUCUCAUCAAAAGAUUGAUAAGGUAUCAUUGAAUUAUGAAUGUACUGAUUUAUGAAAACUUUUAUGUUCCUGAAUCCAGCAUCACAAAAUGUUCCUUUGGCAAAGGUUUAUGUGACAAAUUGAUUAUUCAUUGGAGAUUGUAAUUGGAGCUAGUGUUGGCCACCUGGGGUCUCGGCCUAUAGGCUGCUGAGGACUUGCAAGGUUACUGGAGGUCAGUGAUGGACAAGGAUGCUAGGAGGAAUCAUUCAGGGUGAAAAUGACAGGGUAAAAAUGAAAAAUUGCACAAGAAGGUUUUAACAUAAAGAAUUGAAGAAAGGAAAGCCGAUGGAAAUGAAGUUGAAAAAUUGCAGAAGGUACAUUGCUAUUUCUACAUACAAUGUACAUUGUAUACAGGUUUUGGAAGUUGGGCCUUAUUUCAUGCAUGUCUCUCUUUCAUACAGGAACAUCAACAAGAGAAGGCAAUCACAUUGAUCACUUUUAUUUACAAAUAUAUGAGCACACCCAUGAAUGAUACUUUAGAAGAUGGUCAGGUUUUCUGUUGUCUUCACACCACUAAUAACAGUAGCAGUAGAUGAUUGUAAAACAUGAUUUCAAACUACAUGUACAUGUAUUAUGAGAGUUGAUGACCUCCAAAUCUCAGCAUUACUACAGUUAAGUUGUAUGACUGAUAAAGUUGUACAGUUUCUAUAGCCAAGAGAUACGUUGUAUGAUGUUUGUUAGCCUUGGAACUGCAGAUACACUGCUACAGGUCCUACACUACAAUUCUAAUGACAACGGAAUGUCCUGAAAUAUCUUCUCAGGCUCUGUUUCAUACUUGCCAGCUACACAUUUAGUACAGAUAUUCACCUCCAACACAGUUCACAAUACAAAUGAAAUAAUCUAUAUUUACUAGCUGUGUAUAUAUUCUUUAAUGGCUUUUAGUUGUACAAGGCUAUAAGUAUUU